UUGAACUGCAGCUGAUAGGCGGUACAAAAAAGAAAACAGCCUCUUUGGAACUGAUUGUAAUUCAUAAAAUAAAAAUUAUGCAUAAUGUCAAUUAUUUCUGAGCAAAGUGCAAUCUCGAUUUAAUCUGGCAGCCAGUCAGGCUCCAAAAGGCAACAGCCACUACACGCCACUCGAAUCCACCUGUUGCCACUUGGUGCUGCUUAAUGAAAACGCCCACGGACACAAACGAGUUAUACAGUGUUGCUUCUGUUUAGCGUUUUCCUUUUUGCCACCAGCUAAUUGCAUUAAAAUAAAACCAACAAGUGUAUUCACUAGGUGUCUCAAUUAUUGUGUCGUUGUCUCUGACACUUGAAUACUUAUAGCCAGAUGCUGAAGCAGCAACAGCGACAAUAACACCCAGUAAUCAGCACAACUAUCGGCGACAAUGGCAGACAUUGGACAUCAGAAUGCGAGGCGUCAGUGAUUAAAACCAGUCGGAGAGGCCAGCCAGCCAGUCAACCAGCCCCAUUGGCACCACCAGCAAAAAAAACAAAUCAGUCCAAGAUCCCAAGCACCCCGCACGCUGCUGAAUCAUCAGAACUCGGAGGAGUGGAGUACUUAGUUUCCCCAGCUACGAGACAGCAAAAUGAGCUCGAAGAGCAGACCUUCAUCGGCGGCGAUGCUAAUAAGUGGGUCUUAUAGAGGCAGCGUGAAUGCGAUAUCUAUAAGCCUGUUGAUCACCUAUGCCGGUCUGACGAUCGUGGCAGGUUGGAUGCCCGACGUGCGACCCGAUUUGCAAACGAAACAAGAUAAAGUCUUGGCCCAUUUUAUUGGCAACUCAACGGACUAUUUUAAGAUUUUGGACCACAACGAUGAAUAUGUUCUAGUGGGUGCCAAGGACGUCAUCUACAAUGUGAGCCUAAAUGGCCUGAAGGAGAUUUCGCGUCUGGAGUGGCGCAGCACGGAUGCGGACCGGGAGCUGUGCGCCCUGAAGGGAAAGCUCGAGUGGGAUUGUCAUAACUACCUUCGUGUGUUCGCACUGCGAUCCAAUGGCGAAGUUCUACUCUGUGGCACCAAUUCGUAUAAGCCCCGCUGUCGUCAUUAUACGCCGGUGGAAGUGUCAUCUGAGGAGGCCAACUCAGCUGGACACGCCCACGCUAUGCGAUAUGAAGUCAGCCGAGAUGUGGAGGCACAGGGCUUGUGCCCCUACAGUCCCGCCCAUAACAGCACUUAUGCCUUUGCCGAUGGGCAGUUGUACAGCGCCACCGUGGCGGACUUUUCGGGCGGGGAUCCUCUCAUCUAUAGGGAGAAUCUGCGCACAGAACAGUAUGAUCUCAAGCAACUAAAUCAGCCAGACUUUGUCGGCGCCAUCGAGAGGAAGGGCUACGUUCUGUUUUUCUUCCGUGAGCUUUCCAUGGAGUUUAUGAACUUCGGCAAGGCCGUCUAUUCGCGCGUUGCUAGGGUUUGUAAAAACGACCGUGGCGGACCCUAUAACCACGGCAAGAGCUGGACCUCCUUUCUUAAGACCCGCCUGAACUGCUCGGUGCCCGGCGAAUUUCCCUUCUACUUCGACGAAAUUCAGGCCAUUAGUCCGGUUGUGGAGAGUGGAUCAAAGUCACUUGUCUAUGCAGUUUUUACCACCUCUGCGAAUGCCAUUUCCGGAUCCGCAGUUUGUGCCUUUGAUGUGGACGAUAUACUGGCCGCCUUUGAUGGAGAAUUCAAAUCCCAGAAGGAUUCACAGUCCCAUUGGCUACCAGUGGAGCGUGAACAGGUGCCAAAGCCACGACCGGGUCAGUGCGUAGAUGACUCAAGAACACUGACUAGCAUUGCGGUCAAUUUCAUAAAGCAUCAUCCGUUGAUGGAGGGUGCUGUGCCUGCUGUGCACGGACGCCCACUGCUUACAAAGGUUAAUCUGCACCAUCGGCUUACUGCCAUUGCAGUACAUCCGCAGGUUAAGUCGCUCAGCGGCGCCUACUAUGAUGUUAUCUAUAGUGGCACCGAUGACGGCAAGGUGACUAAGUUCAUCAAUAUACUGACCACGCAUCCAAACUCAACAGUGGAGCAUUUGAAGACGGUGGUUAUUUCGGAGAUGCAGGUCUUGCCACUUGGAACACCAGUUAAGGAGUUGGUCAUCUCCACUUCAAAGAACUCUUUGGUGGUUGUUAGUGACGGCAGCUUAGUUAGCGUACCUUUGCACCAUUGCACCCAUAUUGUUGACUGCGUGGGCUGCUUAAGCCUCCAGGAUCCCAUUUGCGCUUGGGAUUUGCAAACUCACGAGUGCAAAAACCUAGCUACUAGCCAACAUAAGUUCGGAACAAAGACCUAUCUACAGAGCCUGAACACAGUCAGGAAAGCUGCUGCGCUGCUGUGUCCGCACAUCCCGCGUGAUGGACCAGGUGUUGAAACAGUGAACUUUGUUACCAUGGCUCCACCGCCGACAGAGGAACAGAAACUUCUGUACUCCAAUGUGGGUGCCUCACAGGCCAAUCAGCCUAGCUUGGAACAACAGCCAACUGGUGGCGAUGACUUUGGGCUUAACAAGAUUACACUUACAUCUAUGGAUCCAGACGAUAUUAUGCCUAAUUUAAACGAUCCCCAGAAAUCCACAGCUAGCGUGGAUGAAAUCAUGCAUGCUUCAGCUCCCAGCUACAUGGUAAUUACAAUUCUUGCUUUUGGUACCUUCCUGGUGGGUGGUAUUGCUGGAGUGUUCUGUGUUAAGGCAAAGAGUCGCCUGAUGGAGGCCCAAAUGGAUGACAGUCACCGCAAUCACUUCGGGAAGCCAAUACAAUUUAAACAUCAAAACACUGGAAAGGAUAUUAAUCUGUUGAUGGGCUCUAAUGCAUACACAACCACACAGAAAACACCGAACCUGGAUCUAGAAAAAGAUCGCAGUCAUGAGUGCAAAAACUCCACGGAACAUUUGGAAAAAGAGUUGCCUUGUAAGACGUCAACGCUGACGAAAGUUAAACGAACUUACAUCUAGUGAGCUUGCAACGGCAGCCAAUUGCAAAAUUAGUCGAAUUUCUAUACUCUAAAACAUAUUUUCGUUGUUUAUGUUGCUGAUAGUUAUAGUAACCCCCCACCCAUCCCGCGAUUAUAGUAGACGACGGUGUCGGAUGCGUUUGAAACGCGUCUGAAGAUUAGGACGCAGAAUCUGUUGCAUCUUUUUUUACUUAGCAUGUAUUUAAUGUAAUUUAAUUUGAUGUAUAACUAAAAUAAGUUAAGUUUAGUUUGUUUGGCAAAAUUUAGUUAAAUUUAUUGACAACAUAGUGUACGGGUUGCCUUAGCCUUCGGCUAAAUGAAGCAUUCCGCAUUCCCUUGACGUCGACCUUUGCUGUCCAAAAUAGGAGUGUCAGCUCUUGGCCAAGCAGCCCGUAUUUGUCGCCCCUUAUGAGUACUCUAAAUGUAUAAUUUUUAAGUGCAAAUAUUAGUGCUGUACAAAUGUAUUCACAUAUCAUACAUACCGAAAUCGAACCUGAUCAAAACCCGAGCAGUUCGAGGCCGAAAUCCCAACCCCACAGCCCCAAUUAUUUUCUCGAAAUUCAAUCGAAUAUCCAACAAGUAUUUUGUUAGACUGAAUUAAUCAUUUUUCUAUAUGAGUUUGUUUGUGGAGAACUAACAGAAUACGACAUAGACUUUAAAGCUCUAUGCUUAGUGGCUAACAAAAGCGUAAAAUUGUAUCUAACAUAAGCUCAAUAAGGAAUUGAACAUAGAAUGUAAUUAAGAGUACGAACUAGGCUAAGGAACGAAAAAAACUUCUAUGAGGCUGUUUGAUAUGAACUGACACCGCAGCUCCCACAUCAUCAAGAUGAAAACACGCACAACAAAACGGAACUAAAUUUAAAUCUGCAUCAACAGCAAGCCUUAUAAACAGUAAACAAAAUUCGUGUCGAAUCUAGGCCUUAAUAUAUAUUUGUAAGCUUUGCAUGAAAAAUAAUGAGCUUAGCAAUGAAAAUAAUUCAGCAUUUUAAUAUUUUUAUGUUUACAUUUAAGCUGUUGUCCGUCCCACUGAAGAAUUUGCAUGAUACAAUGUACAAUGGCAAUCUUAUUUUAAAACGUGUAAAAUGCAAUUUUCAUCGUAAUUAAUAUAUUUUUAUACGCAUGUCUACGCCUAAUGUCUAAACAUAAGUAUAAGAAAUCCUCGAAAACAGAAAAACCCCGAAAAAAAGCUACACAUAAAAUAUUUUUAAAUCUUACAAAAAAAGUAACAUACAGAUAAAAUUCUCAUAUUGUGAUAGAUUUUAUUGAAAUUUUAUAAAGAUGAAAUGAUAUGCCUUUUGGUUGAAAAACAAUGAUAUAUAUGACGAGAGAGUCUGAUUGCAUACAUAAUAAUAUUGUGUAGGAAAGGGUCUUCCGCUUGGAGGAUCAUAAACCAGAGAACCCAUUGUGGUGUUUAGUUUUUAUUACUGUGUAUGUCUUGUACUGUGUAUAUUGUUGUAUACAUCCGAUAAGCAAUUCGAAAAUCUAAUAAAGUCGUAAUUUUUUCAUA